CAUCGAGUCGACAAACAUGUCCUCAACGCCUGCUCGCGAUACGACGAUCUUAACCAUAAUUUUCCUUUUCGCAGUUGUGGGAGCUGUCCUUGUGUACUAUUUCAUUGGAGGACAUUCAGGCGCCGUCAAAGGCAAAGAAAACAACACGGAACCAGAAGGAGGAAAAACUCGCAGUUGUCCUUGUCCUGAAAAGACCCCAAGGACCGAUACUUCAAAAGGUGUUUGGGCUGUGAAAGAGAGCAACAACUCUGAUAUGCACGAAUGGAGGCCGUACCAAGUCUAUUUUGUGGGAGACGAAAACUACAAGCUGAUGCAAGAAUCCGGCGAGUUUAUUAAGUUUGCUGAGGGUCUGCUAGCACAAGCAACCAUCCGUAUGAACAACGUGGCGUUGCAGUGUCCGGCGAAGCUCCUUGUGGUGGGAACGACCGUAUUUACACAAGAACAAGAACAGAAGUACCUGCGGUCAGGUGCUGCAGCGCCCAACCUAACUGGAUUUCUCGCCGAAGAUGAAAUGGCAAGGACGGCGGACAUCGUAAUCGCUCUUUCCAGCGCUGAAGUCAAAGGCGUGGAUAUCAGCGAUGCCCAAGAAGAAAACUCCUUGUGCACAAAGGACAAGUUUAUAGUAGCCAACACCCUACCGUGGAAUUACUACAUGAUGGACGAGCGCAUUCUUACUGCUCUGAUUAGAUUAAUGGGAUUUCCCGGACACCCCUGUAUUGAACGACCACCAUCCUGCUGUGGAUUGAUGCAGGACUUGUAUAAAAAAGCUCUCGCUGGUGAGAAAGGGGCUCAGUGCUACAACACAAAUCUCACAUGCUGCCAUCCCACCACAUUUGAACUCUACAGAAUGAGUCCAAGCACACAAUGCAUAAUGAUGGCCGGAACGACGACUUAUUUCCAGGCUACAGAAGAAGGGGACCAGUGUUUCAUCAACUGUACAGCCUCCGGCGGUUACGAUCUUGUUGACGGCAGAGCCACCGAUUACAUUCUUCCCGAUGGUGCUUCAUGCAAGGACGACAGGCGAUUUCCGAACCACACUGGUUGUCUUGGGUCGGACAGCAAGGUGUGCCUGGAUGGCAGAUGCAGUCUUCCGUACGACGAGAUGAUGGAUACACUUUAUUCCAUUUGGAAUAUGAACAGUAGCGCCUCACUUCCCGCUUGUCAGUUACAGUUAGCAUCCCUACAGGUCCUACAAGAUAUACUUUUGUAAUAAACCCUGAU